AGGAGGGAAGGAUUUUGUCAUAAAAGAGGAGAUGAUAGUCCAUUACUACUCAUACUCUUCUCGCUAACCUCUCUCACGCUUUUGCUUCCCUUCGGACUUCCAAAAGGAGCGAUCACGAUUCACGAACUGUUUGAGCUUCUGAUUAUCAGUUCCGUUUUCGAUAAUAGCCAAUAGGUAUUGGCUUUUCGCGUGAUUCAGUCGCAGCUUUCUGUUUCCGGUUCAGGUUCUCUGCUUUUUCCUUGAUGUCUCUUGAUUGUAGACUCGGAAAACUAUUAAAUCCGUGCGCUGGAGUUGUCACUUUCUACCUUGUUACUUAAGAUUCUGAGUAUAAAACCAGAGAACACCAUAGAGAAUGGGAGUCCUUAUGCGCAGCAAUGGAGUUAGUAAAAAGUUGAAUGAGACUACGAGGCUUAUGGUAACUACAUUUUUUGGAGUAGCUUUUGGCUUCUUAAUAGGAGUAUCCUAUCAACCAUUUUUAUUGACUAGGCUAAGUCUCCAAUCCAGCAUUGCUCCUACUGGUGGUAGCGCAUACAUUGAUGAAAAGAGAUCAGGUGUCUCAACCAUGAGGAAUAAUGGUACCGGCUCAACUCAAGCUCCAAAUUUGAAUGAUACACCAAAGCCUCCAGCUCCAGAGUUGAAUGAUACAUCAAAGAUUUGGGUUCCAUCGAAUCCUCGUGGUGCAGAAAGACUGCCUCCAGGAAUUGUUGCAGCAGAGUCAGACUUGUACUUGAGGAGAUUGUGGGGUUUACCCAAAGACGAUUUGACCAGCAAGCCAAAGUAUUUAGUGACAUUCACUGUGGGUUGUGAGCAGAAAAAGAAUAUUGAUGCUGCUGUGAAAAAGUUUUCAGAAAACUUUUCAAUCCUUCUUUUUCACUAUGAUGGCCGAACAAGCGAAUGGGAUGAAUUUGAGUGGUCAAAGCGCGCUAUUCAUGUGAGCGCUAGGAAGCAAACGAAAUGGUGGUAUGCCAAGCGGUUUUUGCAUCCUGACAUUGUGGCACCAUAUGACUACAUAUUUAUCUGGGAUGAAGAUUUGGGACUUCAGCAUUUCAAUGCAGAAGAAUAUAUAAGACUAGUGAAGAAGUAUGGAUUAGAGAUUUCGCAGCCAGCUUUGGAUCCUAACAAAUGGUUUACAUGGACAAUGACAAAGAGAAGAAGUGAUCAUGAAGUUCACAAGGAAAGUGGUGAGAAGAAGCAAUGGUGCUCAGGCACACAUCAGCCUCCAUGUGCAGCGUUCGUUGAGAUCAUGGCUCCAGUAUUUUCCAGAGACGCUUGGCGAUGUGUCUGGCACAUGAUUCAGAACGACCUGGUUCAUGGGUGGGGUCUUGAUUUUGCCCUCGGAAGAUGUGUGCAGCCGGCCCAUGAAAAGAUAGGAGUUGUAGAUGCUCAGUGGAUUGUUCAUCAAUCUGUUCCCACACUUGGGAACCAGGGCUUUGCAGAUAAUGGGAAGGCGCCAUGGCAAGGGGUGAAGGAAAGAUGUAGAAGGGAGUGGAAAAUGUUCCAGAAACAGUUUGAAAACGCAGACAAAGAAUAUUUCAAGUCCUUGGCCGCAAAUCAUUCAGAAUAUACAACUCAUUAGGAUAAAACGAAGUAUAGAAGCUAAUCACAGAUCAUGAUAUUGUAGCUAUUCAUCCUUGUAUACAUUUAAAAAUUAUUCAUCAAUAAAGCACCAUUUUUUUUA